GUGCACUAUCAUUAGUAUACUGUUAUGGGACCGACUCAGCAGUGUCGCGCUGCAGGUAAUUUGAAUAGAAAAUGUCUCGGCGGGCCGCUAUAGCACUUCCGAUCCGGCCACCCUUACCAGCGUGCCCCUUAACGAACCCAGGAAGAAUUCCACGGGAAACGGCCGCGUCACGCAACAGAAAUUCUAGUGAUGCGACAAGUUUUGAAUUCGGCAAACACCUUAAAGAUUUACAGUGGGAUAAAUGUUUGUACGAAACCCUCCUCGGUGCGCGAGUCCGACUUGCACUAGGCCGGUUUUUUUGGGGGUGCUAUCGCGCGGUUUAUGCGACGGCUAUGGUUGUAAAACGUUACGGCCGCGUCGCGUCGCGUCGCGCGCGUUCGGUGUCGAUCGUCGUGUGUACGGAGCCUUAUCGCGUCGUUUGGAUAUUACAAGUUGAGUGGGUCAGAUUAUUUUAAUAAUUUCUGAUUCCUGAGGCAUUUUCAC